GCCGGCCAAUGAGAUGGAGCAGAGCAAAGAAUUUCAGAGAGAGAGAGAGAGAGGAGAGAGAAAGGCCGGCCUGUCUCUCCCGUCUCUCUUCUUUCCUCCUCCUUUGCUCAUUUGGCAUUUGCCCUGCUCUCCAAACAUCAACUAAAUUUGGCCGCCCCAUCACCAAUCCCUUCCCAGUCUCUCCCUCCGCGUCGUCUUUAAAACGGCCACCUCCAAAGGCCCCCUGUAGUUGGCCACCCACCUCUCCCUCCUCCUUUCUUCUGUCGUCUCUCUCUCCGCACGCGCAAUGGCGAGGCCUCGCAAGAACAGCGCCGCCGCCGCCAACAACAACAACAGCAACACCACCAACGCCGGCAACGCCGCCGUCGACCUCGCGGCGCGCGUCAAGCCGAAGCGCACGCGGAAGAGCGUGCCCCGGGAGUCCCCCUCGCAGCGCAGCUCCGUCUACCGCGGCGUCACACGGCACCGGUGGACGGGGAGGUUCGAGGCUCACCUGUGGGACAAGAACAGCUGGAACGAGUCCCAGAACAAGAAGGGCAAGCAAGUUUACCUCGGCGCGUACGACGACGAGGACGCAGCGGCGCGCGCGUAUGACUUGGCGGCAUUGAAGUACUGGGGCCCCGACACCAUCCUCAACUUCCCGGCGUCUGCAUAUGAAGCAGAGUUGAAAGAAAUGGAGGGGCAGUCCAGGGAAGAGUAUAUUGGGUCCUUAAGGAGGAAAAGCAGUGGGUUCUCCAGAGGUGUUUCCAAAUACCGAGGUGUCGCAAGGCAUCACCACAACGGGAGAUGGGAGGCGAGGAUUGGUCGCGUCUUCGGAAACAAGUAUCUCUACCUCGGGACUUACGGGACGCAGGAGGAGGCGGCGAUGGCGUACGACAUGGCGGCGAUCGAGUACCGGGGCCUGAACGCCGUCACUAACUUCGACCUCAGCCGCUACAUCAAGUGGCUCCGCCCGGGCGCCGGCGCCGCGCAGAACCCGCACCCGAUGCUGGACGGCCUGGCGCAGCAGCUGCUGCUGUCGCCGGAGGGCACCAUCGACGGCGCCGCGUUCCACCAGCAGCAGCACGACCACCGCCAGCAGGGCGCCGCCGAGCUCCCGCUGCCGCCCAGGGCGUCGCUGGGCCACACGCCCACCACGUCGGCGCUCGGCCUGCUGCUGCAGUCGUCCAAGUUCAAGGAGAUGAUCCAGCGGGCGUCGGCGGCCGAGAGCGGCACCACCACCGUCACCACCACGUCGUCGUCGUCGUCGCAGCCGCCCACGCCGACGCCGACGCCGUCGCCAUCGCCACCUCCGACGCCGCCAGUGCAGCCGGCCAGGGACGCCUCGCCACAGUGCAGCUUCCCCGAGGACAUACAGACCUUCUUCGGCUGCGAGGACGUCGCGGGCGUCGGCGCCGGCGUCGACGUGGACGCCCUCUUCUUCGGCGACCUCGCCGCGUACGCGUCGCCGGCGUUCCACUUCGAGAUGGACUUGUAGCUCAUCACACGCCAUUACUCGUUAAUCACUAUCUGGGUUUUUUUUUUGUCGAUAGGAGAAUGGAGCUCUCUCGCCAUUUGAGAACCAAGAAAAUGGUGAGACACACAAAACAAGAGAGGCAGCAGAACAGACAGACGGCGCCUAGUCUGUUUUGAGAGAUUUAUUUACAGUGGUAACUAGUGACAUUUACUGAACGGUUAAGAUUGUAUUAUUCAAAUUUUUUUCACAUUGGUAACAAGGGAUUGUUUCAUUUGUUUC